AUGGAGCAAUUUGUAAUUAAGGAGAAAAAAUAAAAUGCAUGGAAGGGUGGUUAUUGGAGAUCAAAUAUGCUGGAUGACAAAGUAUUGCAAUGCUCUUAUUCUAUAAGCAAUUGUAUAGGAGGUUCUUAUGUAAAUAAACUAUGCAAGAAAUAAUCUAAUGGGGAAUUAUGCUAAGAAUGUGAUUAAGUAUUAAAGCUGGUCUACAUAAAUCUCUGGGCUCUAUUGUCCUUAUCGAUUGCAGUUAUAAAAUUGGAACAAAAUGCACUGAUGAGAAGAAAGAGUUCAGCUAUUUUUACAAAAUACUUCUACAAAUCAAAAAGCACAGAAAAAGAAAGCAAUUUUCUUCAAACUUAAAAUUAAAAAAACAUUAUAUGA